GAAGUUUCCUUGUUUUUAUUAUGUGUAUUUUAUUGAUGCGUGUAUGGAAAACAGUUCUGUAGCAGCAUUAUUAAAUAUUGAUCGUUAUAAUUCCAGCAAUGUCAUAAUCAGCGUGUUUGGAAGAUUGAAAUUAAAUUGACAUCAAACAACUGGCUUUUCGAAGAAAUAUAAAGAUGCGCAAAUCAUCUAACUUGCGGCAAUCUCUCGCGAGUGCUCAGUCUAAUGAAGCGAGCAAUGAGAGUAGUCCAGCGACUAUGACGAUAAAAACUCGGCGUGUUAGCUUUGCCAACAAAAAACAUGUCAAAGAAUUUUGUGAUUCGGUGGAACAAGGUACACUGUGGGAUAAUACCUACGAGGAAACUGAUUCGAGCCAAAUAAAGAACAGCCACAAUUCAAAUAACUGUGAGCAAACAAAUGUUGGAGAACAAGGUUCUGAACCAUUGAAUCAAUAUGGCAAUAAAUCUGUACAGCCGUUCCCACAGAUUGGUGACUCUAAUGUUAUUCAACAAGGAUCGCCAUUUAAUAUUGAUACUGAACUCGAAAGGGUGGAAAGGACAGUGAAAAAAUGGGAAGAUAUGAGACAUACAUCGGUGAGUGGAAUAGGUAGUUCACCUGAAACUCGCAAUACAAAAAAGUUCAAUGAUAUUUUGAAAGAUACUUCAACCGAAAUGGAUGAAACAGCACCAGUCUCCUCACUUUUGCAAUCAGCAGCCAACGAUUCAAAUUUGCUGUCUAAUAGGGAGGGCACUAACGAAUCGCUUGAAAAAGUAACAAUUUACCAUGAUAUAUCUAUGGAUUUUACCAGAGCCGCACACCAUGUUUCGAACUUUGAGAAGCAUCAAAAUAUACUUUAUGAUCAAGGAAAUACAACCAAAACAGCAAUAUUCCGAGACGAACCAAUGGAUUUUACUGAAGCUGUUUGCAAUGCUGCAGAACGUGAUGAUCAUCGGAAUAUGAUUUACGAAAAAGAAAACAUCACGAAAACAACGAUUUUUCGUGACAAAUCAAUGGAUUUUACUGAAGUUGUUUGCAAUGCUGCAGAACGUGACGAUCAUCGGAAUAUGAUUUACGAAAAAGAAAACAUCACGAAAACAACGAUUUUUCGUGACAAAUCAAUGGAUUUUACUGAAGUCGUCCACAGUGUUCCGAAACUUGAUGGGUAUCGAAAUGUGAUUUAUGAGAAUGAAAAUACCACCAAGACAACGAUUUUUCAUGAUGAAUCAAUGGAUUUUACUAAAGUCGUACGCAAUGUUUCGGAAAUUCAUGGGCAUCGAAAUAUGAUUUAUGAAAAAGAAAAUCCAGAAAAAACAACAAUCUUUCAUGAUAAAUCAGUGGAUUUUACUGAAGUCGUCGCGUCCAACGUGCCGAGUUUUGAGAAGCAUCAAAGUGUCAUUCGUAAUAAAGAAAAUACCGAAAAAACAAUGAUCUUUCAUGAUGAAUCUGUGGAUUUCACUGGCGCGAUACAAAAUCGAAAAUUAAUGAAUAUCUCUGAAAAUUCAAAUACUCUUCUCGCUUCGCCUCAGUCCAAAGAAGAUUCGAUUGCAGAUUUCUCUACCGCAACGAAUUGUCAAAAUGUAAAUAUGCUAGAAGCCACACAAAAAACUAAAGUUUUUCCUGACGAUUCAAUGGAAUUCACCGCUGCAGUCUCUUCUCAAAUCGCACCAGAAAAUCAUGAAAAUUAUCGAUUUCUUGGUCCAGUGCAUUUGGAAGAUAAAGAAAAUAUUCCUCAAAAAAAUUCAGUUUUGUUGGACGAAGAACAUUGUCCCGUAGAUAAGGAGAAUUAUUUCCCAGGUCAUACAAAAAUGUGUUCUCGAGGCACUGAAAUUCGAAAGCCUCGGAUCAAAAGUAUUCAAAUUCUCAAAUUUCCGGACUCGGAGCAUUGUAAACAAGUGUAUAAAGAUUCGAGUAAAUCUCGAGAAACAUGCUGUUCCGGUGAUUUGGCAGACAUGAGUGGGAUUAAACCUUUAUCUAGAGUACACGAGCAUCCAACUUCCAAUAUAGUUCGGUCUGAAAAUAGUGAAAAAAGAGGUAGCGCGAUGCUCACGAGCGAUGAAAUGGAAUUUACAUCGCCAAUACCAACAUCUAUCCUUAAAUCGCAUUCCAAUUUUGAGAAUAUUGAAGUGGGAGGAAUCGGAGUGGAAAAAAACCAAGAAAGUAACAACGAUAUUAGCAAUAAAAAGGAAUUUUUACCUUCAGGAAUGUAUGUGAUGAGAAAACGUUCACCCGACAAUGUUUCCGGAAUGAGUGCUAAACCUUUGUCGCCCGGAAUUCAAAUGUCGUUGGAAAAAAAUGCACAAAUGAAUCCUGAAUCAAUCAUUAUUGGGAAUGAGAACAUGGAGCUAACUGUAAUUGAGAGUUCACCUUCAAAAUACGAUCUUGAUUUUUCGGAUAAAUUACUAGAGAAAAGGCAUUUUUCGCAGGUUUGUCCCAACUUUGAUAUCAGUGACGUUCCACCGUUUUGCUCAGAAAACGAUCAUGAAAACUUCGACGAACAAAUGCCAACUGCAGAUUUGUAUUCGAGGAAAGAAGCGUCAUUCGUUUCUACUGAGAACAUGAGUACUAAGUCGAGUAAUUCUCUACUUUCUGCUUCCGAAAGUUUCGAUAAAUUACAUUCUGCUGCUAUAAAAUUACAUGAAAAUGAGGAGUUAUCCUUGCAAAAUGAAACUUGUAACGUUUCCAUGUCCAUCGAGAAUGUUGAUCAGCAAAAUAAUGAAAAUAUAAUGACUACGAAAAUCAAUCAAAGCUGUUCGAAUGGCCAUAUGGUAGUUCAAGACAUCGAUGGCAGUUAUCUUAUUUUGGGAUGUUCAGUUUCGGAUGCGUCAAUAGCGACUGAAGUUUCGAAUCCACACAUCAAUUCUUCUGAAUCGAAGGAAGUAGGAAAUCCAGGCAGAUUAAUCGUGGAACGUGAACCGCUCAAACCUGAUUCUUUUAGCAUCUUGAAAGAAACUAUUGAAAAUUUAUCAAAAAGGUCAGAGACCAUCUGGAGCAUAAAACGAAUGGACGAAAAAGUUGUGGCUUUUAAUUUUUUGUCCAAAGCAAUCGUCCUUGUGGUUCGGUUAGAGCAAAUCUCAGAUCCAGAGGUCACAGGAACUAUCAAACGUAUUGAAUUCUUAUCACAAUUGGUUAGAAAGGAAGCAGAUCCCGGCUUAACGUUGACUCACGAUUUGGUGCUGGGAGAACUGGACGCUGCUUCUUUGUCGCAAUUAUUUAAAACAUACGAGGAAAUACCUCAGUUAUUGGAAGACGUGUCGAGCCGUGUGAAAGUGGGAAUGGAGUUCCAGUUUUCGCUAGAUCAUUUGCGAAACCAUAACGUAAUGGAAUUCGAAGGGAAUCGAUUAACUUUUCUCGCUGACACCAGAGAUAUAAAAGGAGGGAUUAUGGUGAACGUUAUUAUAGAAAUGAAACAGUUCAAAGAAAUAAAUCCCAACGACAUAACCGUUGUAUGUUUGCUGGGAGGUGAAAAAAUCAAGAAAUCGGAUAUUCAACAAUUAGUCAUGAACAUAAAAAGAGAUCAACAUUUCCUUCAGCUGUACAUGAACGAUGUGCAGCAUUAUCUUGAUUUGUCAGAGGAAACGGGCGCUCGAACUGCAAUUGUAUAAAUUGUCAAACCACUCAACGUGCCAUCGUUUUAUUGAGAAAUUAUAAUCUACUAUAAAAUUUCCAUAAUUUGUAAAGAAACCACGAAAUACGAGAUGAGAAGCAAAACAUACUGUCAGUGUGCGAAAGUUGGACCAUCGAAAAAUGCAUUGGCUCAAUGAAAUCAUACCUACAGACCUAGUACAAGGUUGAAGAUGAACGACUUACGUGUGCAGCUUGAUAAAUAAGAGCGCACAUGACCAUCGAAUUGGUCACUAACAUCCAAAGGACUAUGGACGAUGCGAUAACGUUCGGAGUUGCCCACAAAUUUGGGUAUGAUCCCGGAUAGGGUAGAAUGAAUUUAAAGACAUCGACUCCACGAGUCAGUUGAAUUAUUAUGAAUAUUAUUGGUGUGAUCAAAUACAUUCUGACUGCCAUAUAUGAUAUUGUCGAGAGAAUCAACGAGGGUCGAUAAAACGACAGCAGAGGUGAUAGUAGAAUGGGACGCAGUUCAAUAUCAUUCAGAUCCGAAUCAAAUGUUGUUCCGAGCUCGAUAUGAAGUUCGACCAGACGUUCUCGAUAAUACGUCAAACAAGACAUCUUUACAACAAUCAUUUUCAUUCACGAAAAUUUUCAACUGCGACAAUAUCCCUCGUUCAAAUGGUGCAACUACUUUGUAUAAAAAAUUCGGAAUUCUCGCUCGUUUUUUAUAUAAAAAUCAGCUUUCUCAUUCGAAUAUGAUGUUUUCGGGCAUCAAUUUUUUUAUAGCUCGAUCAUCCGAUUUUCAGAAAAGAAAUUUUUUCUUUCUAUCUACAACGAACUUGGAAUAAUUGAAAAAUCCAUACCCCUCAAUACACGUUUUCGGCAUCUAUGAAAUCAUCGAACUGGCCCAUUUUUUCAUUCACAAUAUAAAGUUUCAACGAAGCGUUCUUGCACCAUUUGCACAGUCAGAGGAGAGCACACCGAAACUUGAAAAAGCAGAAUAGUGAACAACUUUUUAUUACUUUUUGUAUGACGGUGAGGAAACUUAGGGCUGCACUGAAUCCUUUGAAAAAUGAAGAGAGACUCGCAAUGUGUUGAUAGGAAAAAUUGAGUAAGGCACAGCUCAUGACAAGUGCAGCCGAAUCGUGAAUAACGAUGACCGUUCGAUAAAGAGUACUGGGAUUUGUGCUUGGCCACAACCCGGUGAAGAGUAAAAGUCGUUUUAUGAUGUACGACUGAUAUUUCUCGAAUUGAUUUAACAUUUUCAGAUUUUACACGAGAAAAUCUAAUUCGCAGAAAAUCAUCAGACACUGAGCAUCGUCGGGAGGAAAUAAUGGCAGAAUCUAGUUUCCGUAACAAAAUAUGCGUCAAUGAAAUUUUACCUCGGAGGGAUCAUUUUGAACCAAGAAUUUCCGCUCGCCUUUCUUCAUUAUUCAUCCGAUAAUAUACGAUAAUGAACCCGCUGUAUUUUGCAGAUGAUACGGGAGCUCGAGAACUUACCACGAAGCAUUGAGUUUCGAUCGAUCAACGCUUAUGCUUUAUGCUCUCUAGUACUUUGCACUCGAAUUGCAAUUCGGAUGUCAUCGACCGUCAUUACCGGAAGGGACUCGAUGGGAGGCAAUUACGAAGAAAAAGGUGGUCAUUAAAAAAAAUCCAGACUCGACGUGAAUAUUUACAAGUUCAUCAGAUCAGCUAUCAGAGGAGGUCACUGUCCGCGACGUUUUUUUAUCGAGCCGAGCUCCCAGACUCUCUCGAAUGACGUUUCGAACAACACUGCCACGUUCCAAAAAUUCCUCACUUCGCUCAACCUCAAUGCGGUUUUCAAGGAACAUAUCAAUGGAUUCGCAUCUUCAUCGGAUGAGGAUCGUUAGGAAACUCAGAGCCGAACCAAAUCCUUUGAAGAAAAGAGGGAGAGUUUCGAUAUGUUGAUAGGCAAAAUUGAGUAAAGCACAGCACGUCAGAAAUGAAGCAAAACCAUGAACAACGGUGACCAGUCGAUAAAACGUACUCGGUCUCCUGCUUGGCCACAACCCUGUGAAGAGCAGCAGUCGUUUUAUGGUAUUAGCGUACAAACGAUACGUCUUCCAUUGAUCCCGCAUAUUCAGACUUUAUACGCGAAUUUUUAUUUCCGUCAAAUGUCUCGAGCAUUCACCGAACAACGUGGGGACAUGCAAAUUGAUGGAAGAAUUAAAUUCACGUAACCGAGAGAGCUUAUACGAGGAAUGAAAUUGCACGCUGAAAAAUUCACUCUUCGAGCGAAGACUUUAUGCGCAUCUUCAUUUAUUAUCAACAACGUAAUACCCAAUAAUAACCAUACUUUUCAAACGACGCAAAUUUUUCAGCGUACCUUCACUCGUUCGCGGCGAUCUCUAUAUUGAUUAAUAAUUACGUUUCCCCUCUCCAAUAUUCGUCAGUCGAAUUGCAAUUCGGUUUUCACAGAUCAGUCUCAAUUUCAAGAGUUCGUCGUCGCAUAAUUAUGAAAACAGCAUGGUCAUAAAAAAAUACCCUUGCUGAAAGUGAGGGCUCUAAAAUUCGAGUGGUUGCACGCAAAUUUUUUAUUCUCAAUUGUUCAGCAAAAGGUCUUCAACCUUUCUGCCCGCUACGCGAAGGGUUAUUUAGGCUCGUGCAUUUCUUUCGUAGUUUUUCACUCACGGGCCGCCAGGUGAUACCCUGCCCUAAGAGAAAUACAAAGUGGUGGCAAUUAUUCGCGACCACCCUACCUCCAACUUAUGUCUUUGAUAAUUCUCUCCCAAAAAAAGGCUUCGAAGGUAUAACCGUUCGGUCACAGGAAUAAUUCUACGCGUGUGCUUUCGUAGCGUUUUUCUCGCUUUCCAUUUUCUUUGUUCUUUUUGUACAAUACCGUAUGCACCGAAUUCUUAUGCACUUUGUAAUUAUUCUACUUCCAUACCUCCAACAUUUUCUUACACUCCCGUAAAAGCCUUCCAACGCGCCGCCAUUCGGUUUCAAGAAUAAUUUAGCACGCAAUAUUGCAUGCGCAGAGUCUUUUACGUGUUUUUGUCUUAUUUUCUAUUUCGUAGUUUCUUUUUUUGCUACGAAGAUGUACAAGAAAUUUUCAAGUGGUGUCCGAUUGUCGCCAACUCGUUCGAACGGCAUCCAAUUGUCAGUGUGCUGUUUUUCGAGCGGGUUCACCGUCCUCUUCGCUCGGUGUCGAGACGAGAAAUUCCAUUUUCUAUCGAACUACGCUCCCGAUAACAUCACGGAUGCUCCGCAGUCAGGCCUGUAUGACUAAAUCAAAGUGUAAACAUCAAGACUGAUAUUUGAGGAUCUAUGUUCUCGUCCGAUCAGGUGAGACCCGCCGUACAACUUUCUUACCCCUCGUUGACGUCAUUUGCGGAAUGAAGCACUUGCUCCACCCUUGACUCUUGGUCAACAGAAAUUUUUCUAUAAGUUGAUGAAUUCGACGAAACGAGAAUGAGGAUAAAAUAACAAUAAUUUAUCCCAUGAAAAAAACCUUCAAAAAAACAUUAUUUUGAAGAAUUUUUUUUGUAAUGCAGCAUAUGUGAAACGUGCGCAACAUUGAAAGAAAACUUCUUGAUGUAUGAAAUAAAGUUAACGAAGUGACUCCAUUUGUACA